CUCCCUGUUGAUGAGCGGCAGCGCGACCUGGCAGAGCCCAGAUAGGAGAAGGAGCAGCAAUGAGCAGCAGCGACUUUUGAGCCAUUUCCUCAGAAGUAGGCCAAAUAAGACGGAGGGGGGGGAUUUCGGGAAGAUCGUUCGUUAAGACGCAGAAUUUGGUCAAGACUCGAGGUCAAGAAAGACAGCCUGCAGUUCGAGAAGAAAGAGGAGUCCUGAGUGAGUGGUCACCAUGCCGCCCUUUCUACGAAUUACCUUGAAUGGCUGUCAAUUGGAUAGUCUGCCUGAAAUGGACAGCCCCCCUGUUUUUGCCGUCAAGAUUAAAGAAUCUGUCACUACAGAGCGAGGAAAAACCCUGGUCCAAAAUAAGGCUACCAUGUUCCACAGUUUGAAGGGCAGUUUUGAUGCUCACAUCAAUGAAGGUCGUGUCAUUGAAGUGGUCCUCAUGAAAAGCACCGACGAGCAAUUGGCCAAGGGCAUCUUGGAUAUGUCUGCUCUGAUGCAGCGCUUUAACACUUCUAGAAACAAAAACUCUUCGGAGUUCUGGAUGGAUCUUCUUCCUUCUGGGAAAAUUCAGAUCCACGUGCAGUAUUUCCUGGAGGACACAGAUAUGGGGCCACCAAAGCAGUCGGUCAGGACUCCUGCUCCAGACGGGGUGAUGACUCUAAACAAGAGGAGAGGAGCCGUUAAGCAGCCAAACAUUCACAGCGUCAAAAACCAUGAGUUCAUUGCCACGUUCUUCCGCCAGCCCACCUUCUGCUCCGUCUGCAGAGAAUUCGUCUGGGGUCUCAACAAACAAGGGUACAAGUGCAGACAAUGCAAUGCAGCCAUCCACAAGAAGUGCCUGGAAAAAAUUGUCUACAAGUGCACUGGAACAGCAACAAAUAGCCGCGACACUAUGUUCCAGAAGGAGCGCUUCAAAAUGGAUGUGCCGCAUCGCUUCAAGUACUACAACUACAAGAGCCCCACGUUCUGUGACCACUGUGGCAGUUUGCUUUGGGGUCUCGUCAAACAAGGCCUUAAAUGUGAAGAAUGUAAAAUGAACGUCCACAGUUCCUGCCAGAUGAAAGUGGCAAAUCUGUGUGGAUUAGACCAGAAGAUGCUGGCAGACGUUCUGUCAGAAAUUAGCAAGCAAACUGACAGGAAACAAGAUGACUCCAAUGGACCAGACAUUGGGAUUUAUCAAGAAAGGAGUGGAAUUACAGAUCCCCCUGCUGAUGAAAGAGAUAAUUGUGUUCUUCCAGCUGGUGGAAGAGACAAGAGUGUGCGGCCAGCCCCAUCCCAAAUUUCACCUUCCCAGUCAAUCAGGAAAAUCACCAUGGACAACCUUGUGUUCCAUAAGGUGCUGGGAAAAGGUAGCUUUGGCAAGGUGAUGCUGGCAGAACUAAAGGGAACAGGACAGUUCUUUGCUGUGAAAUCCCUGAAGAAGGAUGUGGUUCUCAUGGAUAAUGACAUUGAAUGCACCAUGGUAGAGAAACGAGUCCUGAGCCUUGGUUGGAACAACCCUUACCUCACGCACCUUUACUGCACAUUCCAGACUAAAGAGCACCUCUUCUUCGUAAUGGAGUUCCUCAAUGGGGGCGACUUGAUGUUUCACAUUCAAGAUAAAGGGCGCUUCGAUUUCACCAGAGCCUCGUUCUAUGCUGCCGAGAUAGUCAUAGGACUGCAGUUCCUUCAUUCGAAAGGAAUUGUCUACAGAGAUCUGAAGCUGGACAAUGUUUUGCUGGACAGUGAUGGACACAUAAAAAUAGCAGAUUUUGGCAUGUGCCGCGAGAACACCUCCGAUCUGAACAAAGCCCGAACAUUUUGCGGAACACCAGACUAUAUUGCACCCGAGAUCCUGCUUGGGCAGACGUACUCGUUCUCGGUGGACUGGUGGUCAUUUGGUGUGCUGGUGUAUGAGAUGCUGAUCGGUCAGUCACCAUUCCAGGGCGACAGCGAGGAUGAGCUGUUUAUGUCCAUCAGGACAGAGACCCCUCACUACCCCAGUUGGCUUACCAAGGAAUCACAGAGCAUCAUUAAGAUGUUGCUUGAGCGAGAUCCAAGUUGCAGGUUGGGUGUGGCCGGCAACAUCCGAGAGCACGCUUUCUUUAACCACAUCGACUGGGAGCAACUGGAGAAGAGACAAGUCAAGCCACCUUUCAAGCCCAAAGUGAAAUCUCCCAACGACUACAGCAACUUUGAUCGGGAGUUUCUCAGUGAGAAACCCCGCCUGACCUACGGCGAUAAAAAGUUCCUUGCGACCAUGCCCCAGUCGGCAUUCGAAGGCUUUUCUUUCAUCAACCCCAAACUGGAAAACAUUAUGGCAAAAUGAGAAAAAAGCAAAAAUCUGUGGAAACAAAUGUUAGCUCAGGACACGGAAAUAGACUCUUAUUGUAUUCUGUUUAUCUUCAUGUGGUGUUGGCGCAACUGACUUGGAGCCUGGUUGCAACAUUUAUGGUUCCUCUGAUAGAGGAGGAGAUUAAAAGGUGCCAAGAUGCUUACUGGAAAUGUGCGUUAUCUUGUCUCGGCCAGCAGAGUGCACAGGUUUCCAUCAGAGCCCGGGGCUUCAGAUAAGUAAGGGAGAUUCUUAAAGCAGCGUCACAUUUGUUUAUACUAAGGGCUACUAAUCAAUUAUAAGUUUAGUCUUCACUGUUUAAUCAGGUGUUUUUCUGAUCAUCCUUGGAUUUAUGUGAAUUAUUCAGUGUACUUUUCAUAAUUAUACUUCACAGGCUUUAAUUUAGUCAAACGAUAACACUGUAUAAACCUGACAUUGCACGUGCAAACUGAGGGAGUUGAGGUACUUGGAGAGCACAAUCUUUACUGCACUUUUUUGCACCGUGUGGUACCAGACACACAUUGUGAGGGUUUUUGUGUGUGGGUUUUUUUUUUUUUUUUUUUUUUUUUAGAAGUAAAAAGUGUUACAGUGGCCAGUAAUAUUGUCUGUUGAUGAAUGAAUACUCAGAUGGUUCAUCCCAUGCAGAAUGAAUAGCACUGUCAAAGUGUUGAUAGUUUAAAUCUGUUCUGAGCUGAAGAAAUUGUACCGUGGAGAUUUUACUGGAGAUGCUUUCCCUCAUUGUCGUUCCUUACAAUUUUUUUUUCCUGUUUUUAAUAUUUUAUUUUCAGGCUCCUUGUCUUUAUAUGAACAAGUAUAAAAUAUUGUUAUUACAAUGAAGGACCAUACAAGCAAAAUUCUCUGGGUUCUCAUUGAAAAAGGGUCAGUGUGUUGACUCUACAUGUGUAUGCAAUGAAGGAUGGUAUUUUGUAAGGGAAGUGGGAUCUAGGAGCCGAUCUUUAUCGUUUCGCAUAUAUGUUACAAUAUUUAAAUGUCGAGGUUUUAACAGGAAAACUAUACAACUCUGUAUAAACAAAUCAACAUGCAUUUAGCUGUAACGGUUUAACUGGAAUGGUGUCCCUUUUCAAAAUCUUUUGCAUAUGAUUCUGAAUAAAUAUAUUUGUAAACGGAA